AUGACGCCGACUGCUACGACACAAAUUCAAGGAACCGUCAUCGGCGUUACAGUUAAUCCAAGCCAACCAGCCAUUUCUCCUUCUCCCACUCAGAAUAUUAAUAAUGUGCCUUCAAAUUCUUCGAAUGCUGAAAGAAAUAAUAGUUUUACUUUUUUGAGUAAUGUUGUAAUUGGAUUAACAAUGAUUGUUGGCAUGAAUUUUUGGAACAUUUUAUAG